GACUUUCCCAAAUUAGAAGGUACCGACAGCACGAGCUUCACACUCCCAACCCAUCACCCACUUCUCAAUAUCGCAAAAUGUCUCACGAGCCCGUAAACCCAAUCCUCCCGCAGUUCCUGCCCCAUCUCGAUCCGCAAUUCAUAGAAAUCUACAACAAAUACCAAGCCCCUCGUCUCCGCGCGGACCAGGUCUCCAUCGGAGAAUACCGUGCCAAUACCACCAAAUACACCUUCCCAAUCACACCGGGUCCGAAGCCGGAGGUAGGAGACGCAACCAUCCACCGUAUCCCCGUCGAGCAUCCCGCGGGCGAGAUCCGAGUCAAAGUCUACACGCCGACCGAAGCAGCGAUCGAAGCCGGAGGUCUGAAGAACGCGCAAGGCCUAUUGCCCGCGCACGUCAACUAUCAUGGCGGCGGCUGGGUCAUCGGCUCCCUCCUCUCCGACGAACCCUGGUGCCGCUCAGCAACGCAAACCCUCGGCCUAAUCGUCGUCGACGUCGACUACCGCCUAGCCCCCGAACACCCCCACCCAGCCCAAGUGUGGGACAGCUGGGCAGCGCUCAAAUGGGUCUUUGCCAACGCCAGCAGCCUCAACAUCGAUCCCUCCCGCGUCUCUAUCGGCGGGUUGUCAGCGGGCGGACACAUCGCGGCCGUGCUGGCGCUCCUCGCGCGCGACGAGCCUGGCAUGCCGAUUUUGAGGCUGCAGUUGCUGGUUGUGCCUGCUGUUGAUGCGCGCUCGAUUCCGCUUGAGGGGCCCGUGGCGGACGGGGUGGAGUAUGGGAGUAUGCGGAGUUGCGAGUUUGCGCCGUGUUUGCCGCUGAAUCGCAUGCGGUGGUUUUCGCGGCAUUGGCUGGGGAUGGAUGUUGAGGAGCGAAAGAAGAAGCAAGACGAGUGGAUCUGCUCGCCCAUCCUGGCGCCCUCUCACGCCGGGCUAGCACCAGCUUCGAUCAGAUGCGCGGAGUUCGAUGUCCUGCGUGACGAGGGCGUGGCGUAUAACGAUCUGCUCAACAAGUCCGGCACUCCGAGUCGAAUCAAAAUCUACAAAGGCGUGUGCCAUCCCUUCGCGCACUGGCACGCGUUGGACAAAGCGAGGGAAUUCGACCAGGACACGUUUGAUGAUCUGAGGCAGGCACACGCCCUUACCAAGUAAUAGACCAAGAGG